AUGAGGCAAACUGAGCGCUCAUGGAUAAGCCUAAAGUAUGAGGGGUUGAUAAGGUUUUGCCACAUAUGUGGGAGGCUUAGGCACGCUCAUUUGAAGAAAAGGCCAUGCAACCAUUCUCUCUGCCCGGUGGUGCUCAAAGAUGGCCUUAAGUACGGUGCCUGGCUAAGUGUUGAGUCAGUAAAGGGUCUAGCCUCGAUUUUUUCUGACAAACCAGCGAGCAAGAGCCACCAGUUGAAGGACAUUGCGGAUGAACGUCAUUGGCAUAGGAUGGUCGAGAAAAAUGUAAAUGGUCUUUAUGGAAUUGACUUUUCCAGUAGGACUCCGCCCCCUCAGUCUGGCACACCCAGGCCCAGUGCAAUUAAGGGGCAAAAAAGACAAACCGUGAAACAGAAUAAUUUACUGUCACUCAAAGCUUUGAAAACAACAGGGCAUGAGGCAAAUACCCCAAAUCCUCAGGUCUAUAACUUUGGCCCGAAAAUCAUACAUAAUCCUAGGUUUACGCUUUUCUGGGAUGACCCCCCACGUUCUAUGACGCUCCAUCAAGAUUUCAAAUCUCGUCAAAUGGUGGCAUGUGGUAGUAGUUUGGAUACCCAUUUGAUCACGCAACAGGACACUCCUCUCCAACCGUUACUUGCUGACCCCGAGGGUAAUUCUGCGAUUGAAAUUGACUCUUCGUCUUUGGACCUGAACUUGCUUGCUAACCCUACUAGGGUCAACUCUGAGACUCCAGUUUUGUUAGAUAGUGUCAUUUCUAGUCAUAUCAAUAAGCGACAGAAAGGCAUGCGCCAAAGAAUUGAAGCUGAACCGAGGUCAACAAGAAAGCCCAAAGCUAAGGUGCUUAGACCAAAAGUGGGGGGCCCAAUCUGA